GGCCCUUUCCGAUCCACAUACAAAACUUUACAUGUUACACUCGUCUUCUUUAUUUUUCAGGAUAAUUUUGGCUGCGACUUUGUUUUGCCAUCUUGAGCUCUCGAUAGCUGGGAACAACGAGACAGACAAGCUAGCAUUGCUUGAAAUCAAAUCUGAGAUAAGGGAUGACCCUUUUGGGGUGAUGAGCUCAUGGAAUGACACCCUUCACUUUUGCGAGUGGUACGGGGUUACCUGUGGUCGUAGACAUCAGAGAGUAACGAAACUUGACUUGAGUAACUCGAAGCUCACAGGUAUCCUCUCCCCCCACCUUGGUAAUUUGAGCUUCCUUAGGGAGUUGUACUUUCAAGAUAAUAGUUUUGGUGGAAAAAUACCACAAGAAAUUAGUUGUUUGAAAAGGUUGCAGUUUUUAUGGUUGAAUAAUAAUUCCAUUGGAGGCGAAAUUCCAACAAAUAUAUCAAGUUGUUAUAAUCUUAAUGAUAUACGCCUUUUUUAUAACAAUCUGGUUGGAACAAUCCCACCCUCGCUUGGUUCUUUGUUACAUUUGCGAAACCUUGUUUUAACAGGGAAUAACUUGACUGGAAACAUUCCUUCAUCUCUUGGGAACUUAUCAUCCCUCCUUAAACUUCACAUAGGUGAAAAUAAUUUGGUUGGAAGGAUCCCGGAGUGGCUAGGCAAUCUUAAAAAUCUAAACAUUUUGGUAUUAGAGGGCAAUAAAUUUUCCGGGGUAGUCCCACCUUCAAUUUACAACCUCUCUUCACUAACAGAUCUAAGUUUAGCCCGAAAUGACUUAGAAGGAGAGCUACCUUCCUAUUUAGGUAACACUCUAACACAACUAAAAUGGUUCUCUUUAUACAAUAACUGGUUUAGUGGACAUAUUCCAACUUCAAUUUCCAAUGCUUCAAAUCUAGAAGUCCUUGAUUUGUCAGCGAACAAUCUUCAAGGACUUGUUCCUUCUUUGCACAAAUUAGCAAACCUUAUUGAACUUGUCCUCUACACAAACUCCCUGGGCUAUAGCCAUGUUGGAGAUUUGGAAUUUGUUUCUUCCUUGGCCAACGCGACCAAUUUAGAACGGCUCUUGAUAGCUGAAAAUAACUUCAAAGGAUUUUUUCCUAAGACCAUCUGCAAAUUCUCAUCGCUUAGAUUUCUAUCUCUAAGCUACAAUAAAUUAGGUGGAGAAAUUCCAACUUGCAUUGAAAAAUUGGCUAAAUUGCAAUUUUUUUCAGCUGGCUACAUCACACUUUCUGGGGUCAUUCCCCAAGGUAUAGGGAAGCUCCAAAAUCUCAUUUAUUUGAAUUUGAAUGGUAACCAUAUAUCCAGAGUUAUUCCGCCCUCUAUUGGAAACUUAACCAAAUUGUCUAUUUUUUCCUUAUUCAAUAAUAGCCUUGAAGGCCGAAUACCUUCAACUAUUGAAAAUUGUAAAUCACUGAUAGAAUUAGAUCUUUCUCAAAACAGGCUUAAUGGUUUGAUACCAUCACAACUUUUUAAUCUUCCUGCCUUAUCCAUUGCACUCAAUCUUUCUAGAAACCAUCUAAUUGGGACCCUCCCUCAAGAAGUUGGGCAGCUCAACAAUCUUAACAAACUUGAUGUCUCUCAUAACAUGCUAUCAGGUCAGAUACCAAGCUCACUUGGUAGUUGCGUAUCAUUAGAGUUCUUAAACAUGCAAGAAAACAAUUUCAGUGGCAUCAUUCCUAGUGCAUUACAAACAUUAAGGGGUCUCCUUCGGUUAGACUUGUCACACAACAAUUUAUCCGGUGAAAUACCAACAUUUCUCACAAGCCUCCAGUUGCAAAGCCUUAAUCUGUCGCAUAAUAAUCUUGAAGGUGAAGUACCCAUAGGAGGAGUCUUCAACAAUGUGACUGGUAUUUUAAUAUCCGGGAACAAUAGACUAUGUGGAGGCAUAUCUGAUUUAGUGUUACCCCGAUGUAAUUGGAGCCACAACACCGGAAAAAGUAAAAAGAGGCACAGAAAGAGAUUGACAUUUGCGAUUCUUUCUGGGUUAUUCGGAGUUCUUGUGGUUAUACUUUUGUCAUUGUGUAGCUUUUGGAAAAGGCAGAGGGCUAGGGGAUUCUUAACUUCAAGUGAUUUAGAUAAUUUUUUGUCUUAUCAAACCCUUGUUAAAGCCACAAAUGGAUUUUCCUCAGAAAAUUUGAUCGGCAGUGGUACAUUUGGGGUUGUAUACAAGGGAAGCCUUGAUAACGAUGGAUCAACAGUUGCCAUCAAGAUAUUCAAGCAAGAGUACCAUGGGGCUUCUAAGAGCUUCACGGCAGAAUGCAACAUCCUCCGAAAUACCAGGCAUCGAAAUCUGGUAAAGGUAAUAACAGCUUGUUCUAGUGUUGAUUAUCAAGGUAGAGAUUUCAAAGCUUUGGUUUAUGAGUACAUGGUUAAUGGGAGUUUGGAAGAAUGGUUGCAUCCAACAGAGGUAUUCAAUCAAGUUGAGAGCAUAAAUGUCACGAGAAACUUGAAUUUUCGCCAAAGACUUGACAUUGCAGUUGAUGUUGCAUUCUCUCUGGAUUAUCUUCACCAUCAUUGUGGUGCCUCCAUAAUUCAUUGUGACCUCAAGCCAAGCAAUAUUCUCCUUGAUGAAAGCAUGGUCGCACAUGUAGGCGACUUUGGCCUAGCCAAGAUUCUCUUGAAAUGCAUCACCAACUCUCAUGGCAAAGAAUUUAGCUCUAUUGGAGUUAGAGGAACUAUCGGCUAUGUGCCUCCAGGUAACUUGCUAUACCCUGCAUUUCCAAAUAAUUAUGUAAACAAUAUAAAUAUAUCUUUUGUGAAAAAAGCUUUACCUAAACAUGUAGCUGAGAUUCUUGAUCCUGCUCUUCUUGAAGACCUAGACAAUGGGGAAAAUGCGAGCAGCAGCGCAAAGUUGGAUGCCUUGAUUUCUAUACUUGAAAUCGCACUACAUUGCUCUUCUGAAGUCCCAGGAGAGAGGUCGGACAUGAGUGAUGUUGCUGCAAAGCUAUCCUUAAUUAGCAAGAAGCUCUUUGGCACUUGUGCACAAAAUAGAGGAUAA